AUGGCACUCGACGACGACGCCUCCCUUCCCGUCGAGAACUCGGAGCGGGCACGCCAGCGGGAAAUCGCAGCCUAUCUCUCGGCAGCUUCCUAUCCGGCAGGAGUACCAAAUGGUCCCCCAGAAACCCCGUUCAUCAAUGCAGACCCUACUCUCAACGCCCUUGUCCAGUCGGGCACAUCCCGGCUCGACUGUGACAGAUCCUUCCUCUCCCUCAUCGACCGCGAAAACCACUUCCUCGCCGCUGAAAUGACGAGGUCGCACUCUAUCACCAAGAACCAAUCUGCCGAGAAUGACCACGUGUUUCUCGGCGUCUCCAAGCUGGAGACCCGCUGGGGCGUCUGUCCGGCGGCCAUGUUCGCCUUCAUGGACGAGACGGGCGAGUGGGCGCAGACGGGCCCCAACAUCAUUGCCAACAGGACGCGGUUCAUCGUGAACGACUUUCGCGUUGAUCCCCAUUUCGUCGAGAGACCCUAUGUCUGCGGUUACCCAUACAUGGUGUCCUAUCUCGAGGUGCCCCUCGUGUCACCCCUGGGCUACCUGCUCGGCAGCUACUGCGUCGUCGACAACAAGCCUCGCCACUUCAACCAUGAGCCCACCAUUGCCAUCAUGAACGAAAUCGCCUCGGCCAUCAUGUCCUAUCUCGAGUUGAAAAAGACGGAACAGAUGCGCCACCGCGCCGAGCAGCUCAUCGGCAGUCUGAGUGCCUUUGUCGGCUGCAAACCUGACCCGACACCGCACCCCCCUAAGCUCUCGCCACAGUCAAAAUAUCCUUCCUUCGACUCGGUCCAAACCGAUAAGACGGACACGUUUUCCGCAGCGAAUCUGUCUUCGGCAUCGCCGGCGUCCUCGUUCGCAACCCCCGACGCAUCAUUCCUGUCCUCGGUGCCCUCGUCGGGGAUACCGUUGACGGCACCACCCGACGGUCCAGGCGAGACCCUGCUCGAGCAAAAGGUCAGCAAUGCGGACGGCAAGAACUCUCCAGGUCAACAUCUGCCCUCCUCGGCCAGUGAUGUGCUUGGAUCACGCGACGUUGGCUUCAGCGGCUCCGCGAACUUGCGUUCCACAUUUUUCCGCGCUGCAUCCAUGAUGCGACAGGCUAUGAACAUGGACGGCUUUAUGUUUCUGGAUGCCGCCCCAAGCGUAUACGUAGACACCUCAGACUCUUUGGAUCGCGAUCGCAACAGCAACGGCCACGGGCCUCACAGUGAGGCGGAAGGGCCAUAUUGCGCUGUCGUGGCUCAGGCGACUGUCGAUCAGCGAGAAGACAACACUCUGCAGUCGCCUCCACCUGGGCUACCAGAGGCGACCCUCCAGAGGCUCAUCAGGAGACAUCCACGCGGCCACGUCUUCUCGGCAGACGAGUUCGGACCCAUUGACGAGCACUAUGGACCUGGCAAGCGGUGCCCAUCCGGCCGCAGGCCGAGCGCAGACAGCAUCGGCCUCACAGACGACGUGUCCAGGCUCUUCAGCGCUCUUCCUGCGGCCAAGUACAUCAUCUUUCUCCCGCUGUGGCACUUUCAGCGUGAGUGCUGGUACACCGCCGCACUCGGCUGGGUUGCGGAUCCGACGCGCGCCAUCGAGGUUGCCGACAUCAGUCUUGUGUCUGCCUUUGGCAACUCCGUCAUGGCCGAGGUGUCACGAUGGGAGGCCCUGGCGGCGAGCCGCGCCAAGUCUAACUUUGUCUCAUCCAUCAGUCAUGAACUGCGAAGUCCCUUACACGGCGUCUUGGCCAGCAGCGAACUGCUCCGUGAAGGCAUCUCGGACCCUUCGCUCAAGCCGGCCCUGGACAUGCUCGAUUCCUGUGGCAACACGCUGCUGGACACCUUCAACCACCUGCUCCACCACGCCAUCGCCAUCAACGCCGGGAAAAAUCCCCACACCCCUGCGACCGAGCUGCGAAUCGCCGAUCUCGGGGAAACGGUCGAGGAUGUUGUCGAGGCUGUCCACGUCAGCCAUGGAUAUGAGAAUGCCUUCCGCCCAUCAGCUCACUCGAAGGACGAACAUUCUGCCGAUAGUCCCAAGACGGAGGAGGGCUCUCAAGCGCGCCCACUGCUCGUCUCACUGAACAUCCAGGAGAAGACCGCCUGGAAGAUGCGCACCGAUAUCGGGGCCUGGAAACGUAUCAUCAUGAACGUCUUCGGAAACGCCAUGAAGUAUACACCUGCUGGCCGCAUUGAGGUGAGCCUUCAGAAGACACGAAAGCCAGACAGCCACGGCAGGCUGCGCGACUAUAUCAUCUUUUCCGUCGAAGACACUGGCCUCGGUAUCAGCUCCGAUUACCUCAAAUACCAGCUCUUCACGCCCUUCUCGCAGGAAAACACCCACGCCGCCGGCAUGGGGUUAGGACUGAGCAUCGUGCAGCAGCUGGCCAGAGGACUUGGGGGUACCGUCAACGUCAAGAGCUCCAUAGGCGUGGGGACCCUGGUGGAAGUCCUUGUGCCUCUCCAGGAGGAGGACGAAUCCACUCCGCUUUCUGGGCGGACAAUCUGUCUCAUCACACCAAAAUCGUUUGCAUCCGUGCUGAAUUCGACUUUUGCGAUCACCGCCGAAACGCGAAAUCGAUCGGCUGCUGUCGAACGAGCCCUUCGAAGUAACGCCGGCGGCCACUUGGGAAUGAAUGUUAUCCUUGCGACGGCUGAUGAUCCGGUCCCGGAGGCAGAUGUGUACUUUUUGGACGAUGACACGACUGGCGCUCCCAGCAGCCUUUCUGCGUUCUUAUCAGCGACAAAUUCCAAGGUUACUCCUUUGGCCGUUCUCUGCCCGGGAGUAGGGUCGACGUCGUGCUCGAGGACGCAUGCAGGAAAGAAGCAGAGCUGCGCCCAUUUGCACCUUCCACUCGGCCCGAGAAAGCUGGCAUCAGUGAUUCAAGCGGCGCUCACAGUAGCUAACAAGAGCCCCCUAUCGGGGUGCAUUUCUGCUCCAUCAUUACCAGAAGUCAUCCCAAGCACUUCUGAGCCGCACGCUGCUCUCCAUUCUGUUGAAGAGACCCAGUCCCUCCCGAAAGACAUUGCUAUCCUGCAGACGGCCAACCAGCAUGGUGCGCCCCCCGCAAAUGGCACCACACUCAACACAGCAAGUCCAGCGACCAGUGAAACGAAGCAGAAGCCGCUACACUUACUCCUCGUCGACGACAACCCUAUCAACAUUAAGCUCCUCACAACCGUCGUACGCAAGAUGAACCACACCUUUUCGACGGCCAGCAACGGGCUUGAGGCUGUGGAGCUAUACGAAAAGUCACUGGUCGAAGGACGGCCGUUUGACCUUGUCUUCAUGGACAUCUCCAUGCCCGUCAUGAACGGCUUUGAGGCGACGAGGGAGAUACGCCGCCUCGAGGGCAGGGCCGGUGCGGCGAGGUGCAAGAUUGUCGUCCUCACCGGAUUGAGCAGCGCGUCGGAUCGCAAGGAGGCUGUUGCGAGCGGCUCGGACAUGUUUUUGACGAAGCCCGUCAAGCUGGGCAAGGUGCGCGAGGUACUGGAUCAGGAGUUUGAGGGGGUCCGCUUGGCCCCAGAAACUCUUGGUCCUGUUUUGACGGGGUUGACACUGUAA